UUUUAGGAAGUCAAACAUGGCGACCGGACAGCAAUGGGUGUUGGUGGAAAUGGUCCAGGCGUUUUAUGAGGCUCCUGCUUACCACCUUAUUUUGGAGGGAAUCCUCAUACUGUGGAUAAUUAGGCUUCUGUUCUCUAAGACCUACAAACUUCAUGAGACGUAUAAACUGACAGAGAAGGAAAAGGAGGAACUGAUUGAGGAAUGGCAGCCAGAGGCGCUAGUUCCUCCCGUUUCCAAAGACUAUCCCACCCUCAACUAUGAUGUUGUCACAGGCCCUCCCAGCCACAAAAUCACAAUCAAUGGAAAAGACUGCAUAAACUUUGCAUCAUUCAACUUCCUGGGUCUCCUUGAUAAUGAGCGGGUUAAGCAAAAGGCUUUGGCAUCACUGAAGAAAUAUGGUGUGGGCACUUGUGGUCCAAGAGGCUUCUAUGGGACCUUUGAUGUUCACCUGGAGCUGGAAAGUCGUCUCUCCAAAUUCAUGAAGACUGAAGAGGCCAUUCUUUAUUCAUAUGGCUUUGCGACUAUUGCUAGUGCAAUACCUGCCUACUCCAAGAGGGGUGACAUCAUCUUUGUAGAUGAAGCAGCCUGUUUCGCUAUACAAAAAGGUCUUCAGGCAUCCCGCAGCUUAAUCAAGUACUUCAAACACAAUGACAUGGAGGACUUGGAGAGGUUGCUUAAGGAGCAGGAGCUAGAGGACCUGAAGAAUCCUCGCAAAGCUCGAGUGACCCGGAAGUUCAUUGUAGUGGAGGGGCUCUACAUCAACACUGCAGAUAUCUGUCCUCUGCCUGAACUGGUAAAUGGAAAACAAUUUUGUUUCCAAUUUAAUUUUAUAGAUGACAUUGACCUGAUAAGUGCUAACAUGGAAAAUGCUCUGGCUUCCAUCGGAGGUUUCUGCUGCGGCCGCUCCUUUGUCAUCGACCACCAGCGUCUCUCAGGUCAAGGCUACUGUUUCUCUGCCUCUCUGCCUCCCAUGCUGGCUGCUGCUGCUAUCGAGGCUCUCAACAUCAUGGAGGAGGACCCAGAUGUUUUUCGAGUCCUCAGAGACAAGUGCAAACAUGUCUACAACGCUUUACAAGAAACACCAGGUCUAAAGUUAGCUGGAGUUCCAGUGGCCCCAGCUCUUCACUUGGAGCUAGAGAGAAGUUCUGGCUCCAGGGAAUCUGACAUGAAGCAGCUCCGUUCAGUUGUCGAUUAUUGUAUGGAAAGACACGUGGCUCUGACCCUAGCUCGGUAUCUGGAAAAAGAGGAGCGCUUUCUUCCACCUCCCAGUAUCAGAGUGGUGGUCACCAUUGAACAAACAGAGGAAGACAUCCAGAAGGCUGUGGCUUGUAUCAGAGAGGCAGCUUCAGCGCUCCUCAUAAGUUAGCAGACAUCACUGGAGCUUUAACAGAAGUCUACACCACUGGUUGGGUAAAACAACAGUUUGAUCCGCAAGAUGCGGACCGACUCGUGAGAUCUCUACUAAUGAAUGAAUGUUAAUGAUUCAUUUUCUUCCUUAUUAAUAUUGUGUUAUAUGUUCUACAUGUUGAAAGUUAGUGUGGGCCUUUCUGCUCUGAAUGCCCCCAAACACUAUUAGAGAACAUUUUCAGUUAGAACUAAAGUUGAUUUCCACAAAACAAAUGACUUGUUGCCUUUCUAAUUAAUGACCAAAAAAGCCUGUUGUACUUUUUGAUUGAUUUGUGUCUGCAGUCUACUCCUACUUGAACUGUGCACAGUUGUUCCACUUUUGUAACAAAUAAAUACAGAUUUUUACACCUUGGAUCAUUUUCAGGAGAAUUGAGAUGAUUGCAUUGUGUAGUUUAUGAUUACGCAUAACAGAUUUUGGAAAGCUCUUUGUUUUCAAAGAGAAAUCUCGAUGUUGCCUGGAGUCCAGCAUAUAACUAGAUGUGACAUGUGAAAAUACUAGCUUUGAGUUUUCUCAAGGCCCAAACUGAGACAGAGAGGACAUCCAUAGAAGACUGGAGUAGAAACUGAGUUCUUAUUGCUAAUAACACUAUUCAACAGUUUUUCAGAAAAUAGCAUCACUGAAGACACAGUGCCCAACUGCUAAAAGAUUUUGAUGUGCUGAAUUGAAAUAUUUCAGAUAAAACAACUGACUGGCUGUUGUUUCUACCUGUGAACAUUUAUUUUUAGAUGUCUUCUCACAUGUUUAUGGUUUCUUUAUACAAUAUUUCACCUUUUUCAAUUGUGCAGCCAUUUUAUUUCCAUUUGGUUUUAUUUAUAAAGUGCCAAAUCACAACA